AUGGCAGAGGCCGAUCGGCGCGGCAGGUCCGAAAUGCCACGCCCGAAGACCAAGAGAAGGGUCCCGCGAGUGAGUUCUUUUUGCCACCGAAACCCGAUGAGCCGGCUACAAGCUACAUGCUGCCUCCAACGGCAGACCGGUGCUAGCCAAGCCCGAUAUCGACAUCAUUGUGCGCCGUACCUGCAUAUGUCAGAAAAGCCUGCGUGCUGCUAUGCCCACGUUUUUAGUUCAUGUACGCACAUACCCCAAUUGAAACGGUAUGAAACGGUACCGCCUCGUAGACGAACCCGUCCACAACGCCGGCCGACUUUGAAGCUCCGGGAGCAGGAACGGAGUAAGGGGCCGGGCGAAGCGGAGUGA